AUGCAUAACUUCUACUAUCAUAACCGCUCAGGACGCAGAGGUGGUGGAACUGGGCUCCUUGCGAAAAAGAACAUCACAGUAAAAAAGAUCGAUGCUGGUGAGAAGAAGUCAUUUGAAUUUUCUCAGUUGAAUAUUCAUCAUGACAACUUCAGAAUGCGCUUGCUAAUUAUCUAUCGCCCUCAGUACUCUGCUGAUCAUCCAGUGACGAUCAAUACAUUUCUACAAGAGUUUGCUGAAUACCUGGAAUSUAUUAUACUGUCACCUGAGCCUGUAAUUAUUGUAGGAGAUUUCAACAUUCACGUUGAUGUCAAGGAUGAUCCUGACGCAAUGAAAUUUGCUGAUCUAUUGUCGUCCCUGGGUUUAAAUCAGCUUGUUUCUGAAACAACUCAUAUACAUGGACAUACCCUAGAUCUGGUUAUUUCAAGGAAGUUUGACAAUGUUAUUGAAGACAGCCCUAUCAUCGGUCGAUAUUUAUCUGAUCAUGCUGCUGUGUUAUGUCGUCUAAAUCAGAUCAAACCAACAGCCUCUGUCAAGCAGAUAUCGUAUAGGAAAAUUAAAUCAUUGGAUGUUGACAUCCUUCGUGAGGACCUUAUGAAAACUGAGCUUUGCAAUAGAGCAUUCACUGACUUAGACGAACUGUCAUCACUCUAUAAUACCACUUUGAAGUCAUUACUUGAUGUGCACGCUCCUUUGAUUACGAAGAUGGUUGUUUAUCUAGGAAAUGUCUUCCGUGGUUUAAUAAUGAAAUCAAAACAUCACUUAGAGCUAGAAGGAAAGCUGAAAGAAGAUGGAGAGCUACAAAAUCUKCUCUUGAUUUUGGUACUUUCAAAUUAA